GAGUACAGUUUGCAGCUUGCAAGCAGAGUAUAAUUAGCUGUUGAACCGAAUCGAUUAAGUGCACCAGUGGAAGCUUAACACGUGCGAGAAGCAAAAAUGAAAACGAUCGCGUGCUGUGCGGUGAUAUUUCUUAGCGUUUCGGUAGUGUUGAUUUAUGGUGAAAGUCGUCAGUGGGGUCGCCGAGUGUCUGGAGAUCGUCUGCUAGAUUAUGCCGUGGUCGUGAACAACUCUCUACCAGUGCCGGAGAAGAGCAGCAUCUAUCGCUAUCUGCCAGCAGUGGGUUCCUUCCGGCCACCGAACAUUACCGCUAUCUACGCUCGUGAUAACGUACCGGCCGGAAAAGGUGGUAACGCUGGUAUCGUGUCCGGUGGAGUGUACCAAUCCAAUGUGACGCUCAAACUUACCUCGAAACCCUAUCAACGGUUCAACUUUACGAUCGAAGUUUACGGAAAGUAAAGCUGGUGGAAUGCCGGGAAGAAGCCAAUAAAAAGAAAAUAUGGACGUCUCUUUUCCCCUUUUU